UUACUCGCGGCUGCUGGAAAGCUACUACAGGCGGCUCAGUUCUCCGGUCUUUGUCUCCUCCGCGUUGAGGCUUGACAAUGAUGAGUACUAUUAUACUGUCAAAUCUGCUGUUCAGUGAUAGGGCCUUGUCGACUGGUGUGAUGUCAUUUGCGUCUUUAUAUAUGCGCCCUUCGUGAUCCUGCUAUAUUAGAAUUGAUUUAUACGCUGUUUGGUGGCCGUGGCGGAUUGAUUCACGCCGCUGGAUUGCCUGAUACUUUGGGUUGCGGGCUUUGGGCUUGGCUUGCUCCAGAGCGCGCCCCUCCGCACCAUACCAAAGUCUGGAUUCCUGGGUGAUAACUUUUGAGGAUGGCCUCCAAUAACAACCCCCAGCGAAGGCUGUCCGGGGGAAUGGCUCGCUCAAGAGAAGGGCUACACAUGAGACCGUUGAAUGUAGAAAAGGGGCAGCAAAGAUUCUCAGCACACGAUACAUUUCCUCCUCAGACAGCAACAUGGCGCAAUAAUUUGAUUGCACUCUCGCAACGUCGUAAUUUACUGUUUACUGCGUACAGCCAGCGGAUCUAUGUCUGGGAGCCGGCGGGGUCAUCGCAGACUCUAGGCUCUAAACCUAGAAUGAUCAUUGCCCCCGUUAUGAAAGAACCCAAUAGCGCUGGCUAUAUUUCGCCAGUAACUCCGCACGCAAUCAACAGUAUCCUCGUCGAUGAUCUGGGUCGUGAGGAGGUAUUACUGCUGGCGACUGAUUCUGGAAAUGUCUGCGGGUAUCGUGUCGAAGCUAUAUAUUCGGCUCUGGCGCGAGCCACAGAGGGUAACGAAGAGUGCCCCCUGGACGGAUCUCAGGUCGAUCCGUUUUUCGUCGAGUACGUCGAAGCCAGUGCCUGGGGCCUGGCCAUCCACAAGUUUGCUCGAUUGAUUGCUGUGACCGCGAACACGGGUCUGGUGACCGUGUUCGCUUUUGCCCUGGUCAACCCGGCUUCUGGACACAGCCAUGAUUCGACGGUUCAUCCUGAGGAAGAGGAUGACUUCACUGACUACGGCCAGACCUGGCUAGACAUCAAAACCAGUGAGCAUUUCAAGCAGUUGCGGAAUCUCAUGCCGGACAAACACCGGAAGCGAAACAUCAGAUUGACGUAUACCGGCCAUUUUUCGAACAUCCCCUCUGUAUCUUUUUUUAACUGCGACCUGGAUCCCAACGGCACGUGGAUGGUUAGUACGGAUAUUGACAACAAACUCCUUGUCUGGAAAGUAUGGGAGAGUCUCGGUCCGUUCAACGUGUACCAUUUCAACGAUAUCAGCUUCAAAUCGUUCCCGGAAACCCUGGGCAAUGACAUUGAACGUGGUUGGACCGUCUUGGCUCUGGAUCCGCGGACUUUUCAUUUACUCAAAUCCACCGAAGAAGCGUGUGGAGGACUUCCUCAACGUCGUUUGAAAGACGGACAGUCGAUGCUCGACCUCACGAAGCUGAGCUCCCGCAUACCUAAUGCCUCGCACAUAUACAACUACUUCCCUCCUGUUGCCAAGCCCGAACCGGAACAGCCGGUCUUACCUGACAUACUUGGAGCAGAUUGCUGCAUCACCAGGGACAGCCGCUCAGCAGGGCCUAUCCGGCACGGAAGAGGGAAGCAUGACAGUCUGGAUUCUGGCAGAUCGCACCCUUAUCAUGCAGGCAGCACGACGCCUUCGGACCGAGCAGAAAUAACCCGACCUCCAACCUCUGCCAGCGGCCUGCGUCCGUCUGACUCCGCGGACGCAUUCAGUCAUCGGGCCGUUGACGGGUCUAUUCGCGAAGAUACCGCGAGCCAUGAGGAUACUUCCGACGAGGACAUGGUCACUGAGGUACCAGCAAUUCAAGAAAACACCGAUGCGAUCUUCCAGGCACUGGACGAAAAUGACGAUGACACAAAUGAGAACCCCCUCUUUCCCAGAAAUGGACCAUUGACAACGCCAGAAUUCCUCCGGUUCGCACUCUCAGAAGCUCUCGGGGGCGAUAUCCACGGCGCGGAAGAGUACUUUGACGACUACUCGGCCAUCGACGAGGACACCUACGACGACGACGAUGACGACGACCGGGAAAUGGACGAAGCGGACGACGAUACCUCGGAGAGUGGCGACGCAUCCACAUCGGGUGCGGCCGCGUACCAGGUCUUUGAUCCUCCCCUGACGUCGAACUUCCCCAUCCUCCACUUCUCCCAGACGGACAUCCGCCUCAUCCCCCACCCCUUUGCCUCCCAUGCCAGCGUCGUCUGCGGCGCGCCCCUCCGCCAGCCCUUCACACACCCCAUCGUCUCCAUCCGCGCCUGCGACCGCUUCAACAUGGUCAAGUACAUCCCCGAGCACGGCAUCGUCGUCGCCGCGUCGCAGAAAGGCCGCGCCGCCGUCAUCGCCCUCACCGAGUCCGAGUCCACAGGCCUCUCCUUCCGCGUCGACUGGAUCGUCCCCUUUGAGAGCCAGGAAAAGUACGGCGACCGGCCCCUCAUCCCCCUCCUCGGCAUGACCGUCAGCCCCAUCCAAGGCUUCGAGAUGCCCCCAGACGUGCCUUACAUCCCUCGCGGCGUGGACGCCAGCGAUCUCUCCUUCCGCUACCGGUGUCCUCCCACCGACGACGCAGACACACCACCCUCCCACCCACCAUCCCAAAUCACCCAACCACACUUCUCCUCUACCCCUCAAGCAUCCAAAUCAACAUCAACAUCCACCCUCCACAGCAGAGACACCCACAAUGACACCGCCCAAAAAAGAGAAUACCCCCUCUCCCUCCCAGAAUGCCACGCCCAAGCAACAAACGCCUACCAACCCGAAGAGCCCUGGCGCGGAUGGAACCCCUCGCGUCGGUACCGGGUGCUUCUCAUGUACGCAGACCACACGGUCAUGAGCUACGAGUUCUGGUACAACUGGAACACGGCGGGCGGGGACGGGCACGCAAGCGCUGCAAACGAGGAAGAGGAAGAUCAGUUUCUUGUUGUUUAGUAGCAGUAGCCUUUCUGCCUCUUCUUUCUAUCUUCUGAUGUGUUUUUUUUGGAGAUGUACUGGAUGGGGAUGAGGAGGCUGGUCAUUACCUACUGAGCAAAGCGCCUGCAUAUUGAUUGAUUGGGCUUUCGGGAUGUUGUUUGGAUUUGAGUUGAGUUUAGCGGGAUCCUUUUUGAGUUGUUUGUUUAUUUGUCUAUUUAUUUAUAUACUUCUUUUUGCAU